CCGAAAGUCGUAGAAACGCAGUUUUAUCUGGGAGCAAGAAACGUAGCUCUAAUUUAUGGCUUAAUUACUGUUCCGACCGCUUUCUUCGGAAACUUGGCCGGUGAGUCUUGAACGUUGUUUUCUUAUCUUUCACCGUAGUGCCUCAAAUAUUGUCCGCGCGGCAUCAACUGUCUCAGACCGAACAGCCUGUUUUGCCGGUUGUUUUGACCGAGGCUCUUUGUAGUCUGGGGAUUUCCAGACCUCUUCAAUGUGCACUAAACCGGACGUUUUUUGGCGUCAUCAGAAGGAAGAGCGAGCAACUCCCUUGUGUCUAUGCAACAGCAUUUUCAUGGACCAAUUUAUUUUCAGAUCGAUAUGACUGAAAUAAGUCGUACAAAUCAGUCAUCAAACACCUUAGGCUAGAAAAUAGUAUUUCGAAUGUUUUGAUAGCAUUUAUGCACGCAUACGGAACUGUGCUUUCAUUUUCGCGAGAAAAAGUGCUUCAAAAUGAUGCUAAGAAUAACUUGAACUAUGAAAACGCCGUUGCAUAGGCUAAGUAUGGGAGUUGCACACUUCUGACUAUGGGCUUCUAUCUUGGAAAGGUUCGUUGGUUAUCUGCUGUUGACUUAUAGUUUAGGUAUUGAUCAUUCGCUCGCACUCGUUUGUUUUAUAAAUUACAGUAGGGUCAAAUUAAAAAUUAAUGUAGGAGGUGGAAUUCGAAAAACCUUCUUCUUGCAAGAAGACGUGAAACGUAUGUCCCUACGUUGUUGUUGUUGUUGUUGUUUUUUUUCAGGGUCAUACAUAAACAAACGCCUGAAAUUAAACACGACUCACUCGGCCAGGAUGUGUUUUAUUGUCUCGUUACUUGGUUUUCUCCUUACCACCUUGAUGUAUAUCAAAUGCGAGACACCAUCCAUUCCUGGUGUGAACACAUCGUAUCAAAAAAGGUAAAAAGACUUAUUUCCUUUAUUUGUCAUUUCUCAUACUUCUUCUGUCUUCUCCUUGGCCAGACUCCCUUACGCUUCCCUUUAACAUCGUCAAACUUCAAGUGGUCUAUCAAGCAUCAGACUCAGUGUUUCAUCACCAGAUGAAAUACCAAGAAGAAGCACUGUGUCGAAUGCCUGAUAUUACUUCUCAAACAAAAUUAUUCUUUUAUUUUCUAUAUUUUUUAUAGCCGUCCCUCGAUUAAUCGCCUCCCUCCGUCAAUAAUAUUCCCCCCGCCUUAUUUAAGAUAAUCGCCUCCCUCGAAUAAUCGCCCCUCACCCCUCUCGCCAUCUUCUCUUCCUUUUAUACCCUCCCUGUCGAGGUGAAGUGGAUUCUGAUCCAGCAAAACGGAUCAUUGACGAUUCAAGCUCUGACGCCGAGGAUAUUGACAUUGAAAAUUAAUCAAGGAACCAAAUUUGUAACACUUAGUAAAAAAGCCGAGUUUAUUUGAUGUGAUCAUUAUUUAAUUUAAUAAGAUAAUAAAACAAAAUAUUUAAGGCACGACUUCCAGUGAGUAAUGUUUGAAAUAAUCGCCUCCCUCGAAUUAUCGCCCCCGCCUAUUAUUCAGGAAAUACGGUAUAUUCUUCUGAACAGCUCGCCGGGCCCGCCCCAGCUUUCCUCACCUUGUAACCAGGCCUGUAACUGCAGUGUGGUAAGCUAUUCCCCUGUGUGCGGAAGGUCGCUGACCUAUUUUUCACCUUGCCAUGCAGGGUGCACGAUCGCAAGCAAAACGCAGGUACCGUACCUUUAAUAUAUUCAUUCCAAAAUAAGGUACAACCCGUUUAUAGCAAAAUUUAAAAAAUCACGAAAAAUCGCCCAAAAUGCUAAUAAUUGAGGACUUGUUACGAUCGUUUGUUUAGGAGCUGCUCGUAAAGUCUCUCCUGAUUGGACCCAGAAAACAAUAACAUGUCAUUCUUUCAAUUGCUUCAGUGUUGUUUGGGGUCAGGGUUAGGCACCAUUGGUGACUUUUCUGAGCAGCUGCUACAUGAGCCGUUACGAUUGCUGAAGCUAGGAAGUGACACCAAUUCAAUUCAAUUCUUUACUUUACACUAUACAAGACAUUUACAAGUUGUAUACAAGUAGUAGGAAAACAAAAUAGAUGAUAAGUAAUUAUCAAGUUAAAAAGAGAUAAUGUACGCAUGUGUACAGUGUCCAAAAUAGCCUGAAAUUCAUCCGAUUGCUUCGAGUCGUUUUCUCCUCUUACUGAGGGAGUAAUAACGACUCGAAGUAAUCGGAUGAAAUUCAGGCCAUGUCCAAAAGGAGUAAGAGCUUUCUAGUUGGACGCCGUCACGUUAAGACCAGAAAUAUUAAGGCACCCAUAAAAUUUCUUUCAGACUGGUUCCUGGUCGUACUCCAACUGCACCUGCCUGGCAGAUAUCGGUCAGUUCCCAGGAGAAGUGAAUAAAGGCAUCUGUCUGGUUGACUGCAGGGUCAAGUUCACUUUGUUUUUGACUCUCAUCUGUGCGACAGUAUUCCUAACGUUUUUAAAUUAUACUCCUGCGCUGAUUGUCACCUUGAGGUUUGCACUGUUUGUAGUAAUAUAUUUUUUUAACAUUUCCUCUAUGAAGAAACACCCCAGAUUCAACCCUGCUGCCAAGCUUUCCAGUCAGUCACGUUUUUACUUUCUUCAUUCCACAUUGAUAGCUUUCUUGCAUUUCUUGCUGUUAUGGGCUCCUGACAUCACCCACAAUACACCUUGUUUGCCCCCAAAACUUUGCCUAACCUUUGUUUUUUAUUUCUCCUGGGUAUAUAUUACAGUGGUCCCAAGAGAAAUAAAAGAGAAAGCUUAUGCCAAAUGUUGGGGGCAAAACAAGGUGUAUUAUGGGAGAUAUGCAAAUGUUGAAUGGUCUGAAGGGUGUAACGCUUGACUGGUUUUCGUCAUUCCUAUCUACUAGGCCACAGAGGGUAUGCAGUAAAGGGGUGUGUACUUAUUCCCAGUUGUGUUAGGCUUACCUCGAAGAAAAAUAAGACACUGACUUCUCUAUUUUCUAAACAACGUAUUCACGAGUUCCCCAUAGUUUUAACCAGAGGGUGGUGGUGGUGGUGGUGGUGGUGGGGGGGGGGGGAUGGGGUGGAGUAGAGGGGUGGAAGAGACGAGGCCUGGUACCAAGAAACGAUGUUGCAAAGCGGUCACGCCUGCGUGGUGGUCAGCGGAUAAUUGCAGUAUUUUUCUCACAGUAAAUAUUUUAAUAGAAGCGAGAAGCGAACUACCCUGCGAGCAGAGUCCACAUUUUCGCUGCGUGAAACCUGAAAUUCGACAUGUAAAUAAGACAACGAAGGUUUUAGACUGUAGUUCUUGGACUGUAUGUUUUCAUCAAUGUGGGUCAUUGUGUUAGGUUUCAACGGUCUUUCUUUUUUUUUCACUUUUCAGGAGUGUACCAAAGGCUCAAGAGUCAUACGCGCUAGGACACCAGAUGACCCUUAUGAGAGUUUUGGGUGCCAUUCCAGGCCCGAUCGUAUAUGGAGCCUUAAUAGACCAAACGUGUAUUCUAUGGAGCUCAAAGUAACUAUCGCCCUUAGUCGUCAGCUCUCGUUUUAUGUCAUUUUAGAAUCACAUUAAGCAGAUUUUUCAGGCUACAACAGCAAAUAGAAUCAAAAAUGAGUGCGUGCGAAAGUCUCGCGGCACUGGUACCUUGCGCAUGCCCGCAAGUCCCUACUUCGCACGCUAUUCUGCGCUUGGGUUUAAGUGCCUAUCACCUAAAAUUUUUUAUUUUCUUAUCUGAAACUACACCUUAUUAAAAUAACUUCUGCGAAGUUUGAACCAAAGGCGAUUUUUUAAGAAUUUUUUAAAAACGUUCAAAUUUGCCGGCAUUUUGGCACAUCAUUCGUCUUAGUCUUCUUUCGGGGUAUGACGUACUUUAAGGAACACGUGACUUUAUCGACAGGAAAACAGUAAAAGUUCUGGUAGGUUUUUCUGUUUCAGGAAAAAUUUUCUUCUUGCGAAGACAUUGCGAUUCACUCCUUACUUGUAAUUGAUCUUUUUUGUGCUGUUGAAGGAAAGGUAAUGCGAGUUCCUUAAUUUACGUCACAUGACGUCAUAUAUGAGUCUGCUAGUUUGCGUGAUCAGCGGCGCGGGUGUACCGCAAAAAUGUGGACUUCAAAAAUUGGUUAAAAAAUCGCGUUUUGUUGAAAUGGAAAAUUUUUUUCGCAGAAGGUAUUUUAAUAAGGUAUAGUUUAAGAUUAAAAAAUAUAAAAUUUUAGGUGAUGGGCACUUUAAGUAAUGGGCGUACUACAAAGGUUCGUCUUGUCUGACUAUUCCAAUGCCUUUAAAUGGUAUUCAGGUGAAUCUUUGCUGACGUCCUUGUUUAAAUUUUUUUUCACUAGCAUACGGGUUAGCCCAUAGAAGACGUCCCCGUAUACACAAAUCAGGUUCAAAAGUUGAAAGAGCUGAUUAAUUUGAACAGUUUGUGCAAUUUCCAGCUCUUUGUGAUUCAGAACAAAGGAACUAGCAGCAAUAAAAAUUUGCAAAAUUGCUGGGUGGCAAAACAUUAAUGAGCCCAUAUAUUCUUUGCAAAGUUUGGGAUUUUUCAAAGAGAAUUUCUUUGGAAAAGGCUGUUGACCCACAUAUGCAGUCACUGUGACUUUCCACGCUUAUUCCAUUUUUCAAGAAUGACAAAUACACCGGGCGAAUCUGCUUAAGUCAAAGUGAACUGCCCUCGGGCCAAAAGACCUGAUCUCGUCUCACGCAAGCUCUGUCGAAGUGGUGGCAACAAAUCAACCCACACAGCAGUGAGAGAGUGAGAAGAAAAGAAAAACGGGUAAGAAAGGUUAAGAACACCUUAGUGAAACUUUUUUCAUUGCAGGUGCGGAAAACAGGGAUAUUGCCUGGAGUACGACCACAUUGGACUAGCAAAGGUAGUGCUAGGAGUUUCAUUGGCGGUGAAAUUUCUUACCACCGCGUGUUUUGCUCUCUCGUGGUUCUUUUGUCGGCGGCGCGGCGAAGGGAACAACUCAACAGACCUGAAUGACAAGGAC